UUAUUUAUAUUUUGUAAAAUUCAUAUUUUCACGUACUUAUUACAUUUAUAUUAAAUAAGAUAUAGUAUGAUAAAUAACUUUGGUCUAUAUUGUUCACACUUCAAUCAUCUAUCCGCAACAAAUUUCUUUAUAUCGUUUAUGACAGAUUUUGACCUCAUUUAUCGCAAAUCGUCACUUACCUUCGACGAUCUGUUUAUCUUCUUAAAUUGUAUCAAUUAAAAGGAAUGCAGAAUGAUGAAAUCAGAAAAGCGUUGAUACCUCACAGACAUAAAAAUAAGCAGUUAGUAGCAUCUUCGAAAAUGGAAUUAAUUGUACGACCACCAAGCCCACUGUCGGAUAGUGGGAAUAUAAAGGAGAAUUGGAAAGAUUGGAAAAUGGAUUUCUUAGUAUAUUUAGGUGUGAAUUGUAAAAAUGAAUCGGAAGAGAAAAAAAUGUUUUUUUUAAAACAAUACAUAGGAGAAUUUGGUAUAAAAAUUGUGAACAAAAUAAUUGAAAAUAUGAUAAAUAAAAAUAAUAUUACUAUGUUGUUAACAAACCUUGAUGAACACUUCGGUGUUCAUAGUGAAUCUCAUGAUGUUCCUGAAAAUGAAGUUACGAAUAGGUACAAGUUCUUUACAGCAGAAAGAACAACUGGAUCUAUCGCAAAGUACGCUAAUCAUUUACAAAGAUUGGCAGCCCCUUGUAAAUUCGGAGAAAUUAAAGAUAGUUUAAUUCGAGACAAAAUAAUUCUUGAAGUAAAGGACGGCCGCCUAAGAAAAAAACUCUUUAAAGAAGAAAAUCUUGACUUACCAAAAUUAAUAACAAUUUGGAACAAACACGUAGCUGAGGCUUCGGAAAGAAAACAAGAUACAUUUAAAGAAAAGAAGAACAAUGAUGAUACUAAGAAUACGUCGACUGAAAACAAUAAAAAUGAUAUUAAAACAACUCCCAAUAAUAAUGUGAGCAGAAACAAAACUGUUCCUAAAAGAAACGACAAUAACAAUUCUGACGAUGAUCGUGAAUCAACUACUAGUUCGUGUAGUAACACUAAUUGGGAGAAUAAUACUCAACAAUUCAAAAGAAACUGCUGGAGGUGCAAUACAAAACACCCCAUGAAACGCUGUCCUGCUUGGGGUAAUAAAUGUGAGAAAUGUGGUGAAUACCGUCACUUUACUAACCAAUGUAGACUUCCGUUCAGAAAUUACGAUAAGAGAAACGUAAAUGAACAAAAUACGUCACGUAAUAUGCAUAUCAAUGAAUCUAAUUUUCAACAUGAAAGGCAACUGCCAAGUGCUCCACAACUUGACUUCAUCGCAACUGGACAGACGUUGUAUCCAGUAUUACCUACUACCAGUUCGGUACAUGGCCCUCUUCCUCAACCGCCUGUGGGGUACAACCAAAAUCAGUCACACCGUACGGGAACCCCCGGAAUGAUUCCAAAUAUGCCUAACGCACACGCAGAGUGGUCAUGGAUGCACAACGAAAAUUUAAAAUCGCGUGAGGUUCUACAAAACAACGCUUACGCACCAGAUACAAUCUCAAGAUCCCCAACAAACAAUCAUUCAGGUCCACAAGGAGCGGGCGAAGCUAAGAAUACAAAAGUGAAGUCUAAAAAUGAAUGUAUUUUGCAGUAGGAGUGGUUAUAAAAUGUUACUGUGCUUCAUCUAACAAGUUUUCCAUUGUCUGCAUUAAACUUUAUUCAACAAAAUAUUAAACUUUUUUUUAAAUGUAAAAAUAACAUCUUAUAUGUAUUGACGUACAUUUAUGUAAUGUUGUUGACAAAGGAUAGCCUGAUUCCAUGUAUUAUAUCUGUACGUCAAUUUUAAUUUGUAUGUUCAAUGUUGUUACAUUGGCCCCUCUAAACUAAUAAAUACAGAUGGCACGUUAAAUAGAAA